CAGAAACGGAAAUGGGAUCGGUUGAGAUAGCAUUGUGUUAUGGAGAAGAAUGACUUUGACAAGGUCUUCUGCUUUAUCAAUGGAAUACCACACUAUAUAGAGAAACCUGAAAAAUUACUGAUAAAUUAUUUGAGAGAAGACUGUAAACUCGCUGGUACAAAGCUAGGCUGUGGUGAGGGUGGCUGUGGAGCAUGUACAGUAUGGAUAUGGACUGUUCAUCCCGUGUCACAACAACUUGAUUGUUAUACAAUCAAUGCAUGCCUUGUAACUUUAGCUAUGGUAGAUGCUUGUUAUAUAGUAACAGUGGAAGGAAUUGGAAGUCGUAAGGAUGAAUUGCAUCCUAUUCAAAGGUUACUUGUUCAACACAACGGUUCACAAUGUGGUUAUUGUACACCGGGAAUCCUAAUGUCUAUGUUUGGUUUCUUGGAGAAAAACAAAUUUUCCAAACAAGUGUUAGAUAUCGAAGAAAUAGAGUCUUGCUUUGAUGGCAAUCUUUGUCGUUGUACGGGCUAUCGAUCUAUUUUCGACGCCUUUCGGAGUUAUGUCCAAGCAAAGGAAACUUUUUGCAUAAAAGAAAGUAUUUCUAUUCCUGAAGAUGCACUACAGCACAUUUUUUUGGAAAGAAGAAGAAAACUUCGAGUGUGGAUAUCUCAGCAACAACCACAUUGUAACAAAUCGAUGUACCUAAGCGAGACAACAGCUUCUCCUUACAAUUCUUUUGACAGAUUUCCCAUUUUUGUACGACCCACCAAUCUUCAGGAAACAAUCUAUUAUAAGCGUCUCUAUCCCGAUGCGAAAUUUGUGGUUGGAAACUCAGAAAUCGGAAUCGACAUCAAGAUGAAACAGAAAAGAUGGAAUUGUUUUAUAUUAUUAAAUGAUGUACAAGAAUUGCUUCAUAUAGAUGAUACAAAGUCGAAUGGAUGGUCCAUUGGAGCUGCAGUAUCCUUAAGUAAAUUGUUGGAUCGUAUUCAACAAUUGAAAGAAAAUCAGUUCCAAUUUCGAACACUGUACAUGCUACGAAACCAACUCCAGAGAUUUGCUGGGACUCAGAUUAGAAAUGUUGCUUGUUUAGGAGGAAAUAUAGCUACUGCAAGUCCUAUUUCAGAUAUCAAUCCGUUACUAGCUGCUACCAACGCGAAAUUGAGAUGGAUAUCUUGUAAACACGGCACCUAUUCAGAGGCAAAUGCCAAAGAUUUCUUUGUGGGAUAUCGAAGUACUCUGCUGAAAGAAGAUGACUUGCUAGUGGAUGUUCUGAUUCCUCUUACGAAGAGAAAUGAAUAUGUUUUUGCCUACAAAGUUUCUCGAAGAGUGGAUGAUGAUAUUGCAAUUGUCUCUGCCGGAAUGAGAUUUACUUGUAGCAUAAUUAGCCAGCAGUCUCCAAACGACUCUAUGUUGGUUGACACCAGAAUGAACAAAAAAAUAGUAUUGGAAGAUGUCUCCUUAGUCUAUGGAGGGAUGGCAGAUCGAACUAAAAACGCUCAACAAACUGAAAUGGUGUUAUGUGGAUCCGUAUUAGAGUCCUGUUCGCUGUUGUCCUUUUGUCGUAAUACUUUGGACAAGGAUUUUGCUUUGAAGGAGGACUCUCCAGGAGGAAUGAUUGAGUUUAGAAGGACCUUGGCAUGUAGCCUGUUGUUACGUUCUUUUCAUCGAUUGGAGCGUCUUCUUUGCAAUGAGCAAAUACAAGAUUCUUGUGAUGAACUCGACCAUUCUACAUUUUCUUCCCAUGCAACUCAAAUAUUCCAACAGUUAAAUGACGAAGGAAAUGGUACUUGUCAUCUUGGAAGAACAGUUCCUCAUCAAUCCGCUAUUUUACAAUGUUGUGGAGAAGCACAAUAUGUCGAUGAUAUACCAAGCUCUUCAGAUACUCUUUACUGUGCCUUUAUCUUAUCAUCGGUACCACAUGCAAACAUUUUAUCCAUCGACUGUUCGGAAGCUUAUAAUCAAUGUCCUGGGAUAAAGAAAAUAUUUCUUUCUCAAGACGUUCCAGGAACCAAUCAAUUUGCAAUAGCUAAUAAUGUGGAAGACGAAGAAGUGUUUUGCUCAGGUCAUGUAACUGCAGUUGGUCAGAUUAUUGGAAUGGUAGUAGCAGAUACUCGAGAGCAUGCACUAUUAGGAAGAAGAAUGGUAAAAGUAGAUUAUGAAAGGCUACCUGCUAUCCUCACUAUUGAAGAGGCUCGACAGCAACAAUCCUUUGAACACUGUUGUGGUAGAAAAAGAAAAUGGUGGACAUUUCCUCCUCAUUUUAUUGAACAAGGAAAUGUCGAAGAAGAAUUUCACCGUACCGAUCUGUUACAAAUUCGUGGAAAUGUAAAGAUAGGUGCUCAAGAACACUUUUAUUUGGAGACACAUGGAUGCUUGGCUAUUCCUGGUGAAAAUGAUGAACUCGUGAUAUACGUCUCCACUCAAAGUCCUUCUAAAACUCAAAUGGUAAUUGCUCAUGUCUUGGGAUUGCCAAGUCACAAGGUAGUUUGCAAAACAAAGCGUAUUGGUGGUGGAUUUGGUGGUAAAGAAACUCGAAACAUAUUUAUUAGUUGUGCAGUUGCGGUUGCUGCUCACACUUUGAAGAAGCCAAUUCGUAUAUAUUUAGAUCGAGAAGAUGAUAUGGUGAUGACCGGUCAUCGUCAUCCUUUCUUUGGAGACUAUCGAGUUGCAUUUGACCGACUUGGAAAGAUUCACGCUGUUGAAACUUUGCUUUUUGCCAAUAUAGGAAAUAGUUUGGAUUUGUCCAUGGCAGUUUUGGAUAGAGCACUAUUUCAUUCUGAAAAUGUGUAUCAUAUUCCAAAUAUUCGAAUCGUUGGAAGACUAUGUUGGACUCACACUAUUUCUAAUACUGCCUUUCGAGGCUUUGGAGGUCCCCAAGGAAUGGCAAUAGCAGAAACUUGGAUCCAUCAUGUUGCUUCUGCAUUGAUGAUGAAUCCGGAGACCGUACGUUCCUUGAAUAUGUAUGGAGUUGGAGAAAAUAGCUUGACCACUCCCUAUGGAAUGAAGCUGCUAGGAUAUUCUGGUUGGGAAUGCUGGCAAAGUGUGAUGGAAUCGAGUGAUUUCUGGAAGAGAAAGCAAACAGUGAAUGAAUACAAUGCCAAUCAUCGAUAUCGAAAGAGAGGAAUUGCCGCGGUUCCAACCAAAUUUGGUAUAUCUUUUACAAAUAAGACUUAUAACCAGGCCGGAGUUCUUAUUCAUGUCUAUUUGGAUGGUAGUGUCUUGGUGAGUCAUGGCGGUGUUGAAAUGAACG